ACUAGCGAUGAAACUCUGCGAGAAGUUCAGCAUCAUUCAAAAAUGGCCACAGAUUGGUGGGAUAAAAAUGGUCCCAUGAAAGCGCUGCAUGCCCUAAAUGCUUUGAGGAUUCCAUUUAUACGUGAUGGUUUAAUUGCUCGUGGUAACAUUGCCGAGGAUUUGGUGGGCACAUCCAACGUCUUGAGGGGACAGAAAAUACUUGAAGUUGGUUGUGGUGGUGGUAUACUCACAGAACAGUUGGCUCGUUUGGGUGCCUCUAUGACUGCAUUGGAUUUAAGUGAUGAAUUAAUUGGUGUGGCCCGCACCCAUCUGUCUCAAGAAGCUAAUCCCAAAUUAUGUGAUCUUAUAAAUUAUCGAAUUGAACCGAUCGAAAUGCAUGCCAAGGAUAAACAAAACUAUUAUGAUGCCUUGGUAAUAUCGGAAGUUCUUGAACAUAUUGAUGAUAAAGUGGCGUUUUUGCAAGCCAGUGUACAGUGUCUAAAGCCUGGUGGUUCCAUAUUCAUUACCACAUUAAAUAAAACCUUUACAAUGUGGUUUAGUGGCGUUAUAAUUGGAGAAUAUGUCAUAAAAGCUGCUCCCGUUGGUACACAUCAUUAUGAUAAAAUGAUAUCACCAUUGGAUGUGCAACGUAUUCUUGAUACAAUGGGUUGCAGCACGGUACUGGUUAAUGGUUCCACAUACGAUUUUUGGCGCAACACAUGGCGUUGGAUUAAUUCUACUAGCAUGUGUUAUGCUUUGCAGGCAGUUAAAACUGAAAUCUAAUUUCAAA